ACCGCACCUCCGUGCCCACUUUAUAAUUUGAACUAGAGAGAGAAUCGAGUACAUAUUAAGAGAGAGAGAGAGAUAGGUGGAGUGUUUGAAGGGCGAAAAAAUAGAGAAGAAAAGAGUUGCCGGAAAAAACCCAAAAAAGGUAAAGUAAGAGCAUAAAAUUAUCGAUCUGUACUUCCUUUCACUCUCUUCACGAAUUUCGAGUGUUGUUGGGGGGUUAGCGGAUCUGUGGAAUUCUGGAGCCCUGGAAUUGGUUUUUGAUCGUUUGAGAAGAUGACCUCUUUAAGCAGAGAGCUCGUGUUUUUGAUUCUGCAAUUUCUCGAUGAGGAGAAAUUUAAGGACACUGUGCACAGUUUGGAGAAGGAGUCAGGGUUUUUCUUCAACAUGAGGUACUUCGAGGAUGCAGUGACUAAUGGAGAAUGGGAAGAUGUGGAGAAGUAUUUGGCAGGGUUUACGAAGGUCGAAGACAACCGGUACUCCAUGAAGAUCUUCUUUGAGAUCCGAAAGCAGAAGUUUCUUGAAGCCCUCGACAAGCGUGACAAUUCGAAGGCUGUGGACAUUCUAAGGAAAGAUCUGAAAACAUUUUCUAAUUUCAAUGAGGAUCUGUUUAAAGAAAUCACAAUGCUGUUGACCUUGCAGAACUUUAGGGAAAAUGAACAGCUAUCUAAGUACGGUGAUACUAAGACGGCGAGAGCUAUAAUGCUUGUCGAGUUAAAGAAAUUGAUCGAGGCAAAUCCCCUGUUUCGCGAUAAGCUUCAGUUUCCUACCUUGAAGAACUCAAGAUUGAGAACACUAAUCAACCAAAGUUUGAAUUGGCAACAUCAACUUUGUAAGAAUCCAAAACCGAACCCCGAUAUAAAAACUCUCUUUGUGGAUCACACUUGUGCACAGCCAAAUGGUGCUCGGGCUCCAUCACCCGUCACUAAUCAGUUGAUGGGUUCAAUUCCUAAAGUUGGUGGGUUCCCACCAAUGGGAGGUCCAGCACCUUUUCCGCAUGCCCCUGCCCAGUUGACAAAUUCACUUGCAGGAUGGAUGGCCAAUCCAUCCUCGGUCCCACACCCAGCCAUUUCUAUUGGACCCAUGGGCUUAACUCCCCCGAAUACUUCUUCAUCUAUGCUAAAACGUCCUAGGACUCCUCCUACUACUAAUCCAGCACUGGACUAUCAAACUGCAGAUUCCGAACAUGUAUUGAAGAGGUCAAGACCUUUUGGCAUUCCAGAAGAGGUUAACAAUCUUCAAAUCAACAUGUUGCCUGUCGCAUAUCCUGGUCAGAGCCAUACGCAUGCCUUGCACGUUGCUGCUGAUGACUUACCAAAGACAGUGAUGGCAAAUUUGAAUCAGGGUUCUGCUGUGAAAACCAUGGAUUUUCACCCACAUCAUCAGACUCUACUUCUAGUGGGAACUAACAUUGGCGAGAUUGCAAUAUGGGAAGUGAGUAGCGGGGAGAAGCUGGCUGUCCGAAAUUUUAAAGUCUGGGACAUUGGAACUUGCACAAUGACACUUCAGGCUUCUUUGGCUAAUGAAUACACUGCAUCCGUGAACCGUGUCAUGUGGAGUCCCGAAGGAAAUCUUUUUGGUGUUGCGUACUCAAAACACAUUGUCCACUUGUAUGCUUAUUUUGGAGGCGACGAUCUAAGGAAUCACCGUGAGAUUGAUGCGCAUGUUGGUAGUGUCAAUGAUCUUGCCUUUUCUCAUCCUAACAAGCAAUUGUGUGUUAUAACCUGUGGGGAGGACAAGGCAAUUAAGGUAUGGGAUGCAGCCACUGGUUCAAGAGUGGAUUAUGAUGCUCCGGGCCACUCUUGUACCACUAUGGCAUACAGUGCUGACGGGUCUAGAUUAUUCUCCUGUGGUACGAGCAAAGACGGUGAAUCAUUCAUAGUGGAGUGGAAUGAGAGUGAAGGAUCCGUGAAGAGGACAUAUCUUGGUGUCAGUAAACGUUCGGUUGGACCAGUCCAAUUUGACACAACAAAGAAUCGCUUCCUGGCUGCUGGUGAUGAGUUUAAGAUUAAAUUUUGGGAUAUGGACAAUGUAAACCUAUUGAUGAGUACUGAUGCUGAUGGUGGUUUACCGGCUUCCCCUUGCAUUCGGUUCAGCAAGGAUGGGUCCCUGUUAUCUGUGUCAACUAGUGAGAAUGGUGUUAAAAUACUCGCCAAUGCUGAAGGUGUUCGACUGAUGCGAUCGAUGGAAAAUCGAUCUGGAGCCAAUCCGAAGGCAACUACUAUUCUUAACCCUUUUGCUGCUUCUAGUUCAGCAGCAGGCGUUGGCGCUAGUGCAGAUAGAGGGUCACCAAUGGGUGUUAAUAUUGGAUUGAAUGGGGAUGCUAGAAAUGUACAGGAAGCAAAAUCUAGAAUUUCUGAUGAGCUGGAGAAAUCCAAGAUUUGGAAGCUGAAGGAAAUUAACGAACAAUCUCAACUGCGUUCGUUGAGGCUUCCCGAUGGUUUAUUGUCAGUGAGGAUUAUUCGGCUAAUUUAUACAAAUUCUGGAGGUGCCAUUUUGGCAUUAGCAUACAAUGCUGUCCACAAACUUUGGAAAUGGCAACGGACUGAGAGGAAUGCUACAGCAAAGGCAACUUCUGCUGUUGCACCACAACUCUGGCAACCUUCUAGUGGGAUCUUAAUGACCAACGACAUAAGUGAGACAAACCUCGAGGAAGCUGUUCCUUGUUUCGCACUCUCCAAGAAUGACUCCUAUGUCAUGUCCGCAUCAGGAGGAAAAAUUUCCCUUUUUAAUAUGAUGACAUUUAAGACAAUGACGACUUUUAUGCCCCCUCCACCAGCAGCCACAUUUCUGGCCUUCCAUCCACAGGACAAUAAUGUAAUUGCGAUAGGAAUGGAGGACGCCACCAUACAAAUCUACAAUGUUCGAGUUGAUGAGGUCAAAAGUAAGUUGAAAGGUCAUCAGAAGAGAGUAACUGGGCUUGCAUUCUCAAAUGUCCUAGAUAUCCUUGUAUCAUCCGGAGCGGAUGCUCAGAUAUGUGUUUGGAGUCUGGACGGAUGGGAAAAGAAGGCGAGCAAGUUCUUGCAGAUUCCUUCCGGACGUGCUUCAAAUCCACUGACACAGACUCGUGUUCAGUUUCAUCAGGACCAGAUUCACGUUUUGAUUAUUCAUGACACACAAAUAGCCGUGUACGAGGCUUCCAAGUUAGAAUGCGUCAAGCAGUGGGUCCCUACAGGCCCUGCAAUAACCGACGCCACGUACUCAUGCGACAGCCAGUCAAUCUACACGAGCUUUGACGAUGGCAGCGUUUGCGUAUUCACCUCCGCGGGACUGAAGCUCAGGUGUCGAAUCAACCCUGCAGCCUAUUUGCCUUCUAAUCCAAGCACGAGGGUUUAUCCUUUGGUCAUCACGGCUCAUCCUUCAGAACCCAAUCAGUUUGCAUUGGGACUCACAGAUGGCGGUGUGCAUGUGCUGGAGCCAUCAGAAAGCGAAGGGAAAUGGGGUACUGUACCUCCGCCGGAAAACGGUGUGGGCCCAAGCUUGAGCCCAGUUGGGUCAGGCCACGACCAGUCUUCAAGGUAGUGGGGGUAUAUUUGUCCUUGUGGCAAAGUCCUCUCACCUUUGAUUGGUGUUGGGGCUUUCUUUAGAUGGCUUAGUCUGUAAAAAUAUGAAAAAACUGGGAUUUAAUAGGGGAUGUGGGGUGGUUUUUUUCCAGUCUGCAAAAGGUUAGGGUAUAAGUCGAGACUGGUUAAUGUAGAAUAUGUGGUGAUAAGGUAGACAAGGGGGAAAAGUAUCAGAUAAAAGUGUGGAUAUAAAUACUGAAGGAGGCAGAAUGGUUUGCAGUAUGGAACGCUGAAACUUGGGUGUCAGAUUUUUUAGUUUUCUGGUUUAAGCAAAAAGAUUAAAUUUCGGGGUUUAAUCCCAGCUUCUUUUUUAUUUAUUUAUUUUUAUUUUUAUUUUUAUUUUUUGCGUGCAUUUUGCAAUUAUUUGUAUUUAGUUGAUUUUGUUUGCAGUCGGUUUAAUUUAUCAUGAUUAGAUAUCGGAAAUGUCAUUGCUUGCUCCUGUGGUGUUCAUUGCAUCGUAAGAUU